AUGCCUACUUCGACGUACAUUACCCUGGUAAUAAUCUACACUUUGGAAGCAGUCCUUAUCGUCUUCGGAAACGCAUUCACGAUCUUUGUUUUCUGCACCGAGAGAUCCCGCCUAAAACGAACUUAUUUUCUUUUGAUUAACCUCGCAGUCGCUGAUAGAUGCUGAUUUACUCGUGAGGAUUACGGAACUUAUAAUCACUGGAACUGUUAAAUCUCAUAAUGUAGGAGAGGGUUACGGUUUUUUGAUGCGGAGCCGAGCAAACCCGAUAGCGGCUUUUAUACUUUUCUUUUCGGGUACGUCUGUUUAUUUUCUUGCGCUUAUCUCCAUGGAACGUGCUUUCGCACGGCUAAUCCGUCAUCGCAUCACAAACAGUCGAGUUUAUAACUGUAGCAUCGUUAUCGUCUGGGCCGUCAGCCUUGUUGUUUUUGGUUUAACAGUUUUAUCUUUCCAUUAUUCAGAUUUUAUGGAGGAAUAUGUUUUCCUCCCUUUUAGGACAUGCCUUCUUAUUUCCUUUUUGAUAAUCUGUGUAAGUUACCUAAGCAUACGCCAGGGGCACCCAACGAGGAUAUAGUUCAAAACCACUUAACAUAGCAUUGUUCAACGUAUUUUAGUAUUUAAAGGGUAGAUAUAGGCAUAUUUUUAUCCCCUAAGAACUUUUCAUCUGUUCGGAUUUCCUAGCUGAAAGUCUAGUGAUCCGAAAAUUAUAGGGAUCAAAACUUACCUUUUCGAAAAUUUCAGCCGGGAAAAGGCUCCCGAAAAUUCUAGGUGGCCUUUUUUAGGGUAAAUAUCCGUUUAAACUGGGUAAUUAUACUAUUUUGUAGAUGUUCGAAAAUCCUAGGAGAGGCAGACAAGCAAGAAAUUUUACAACAAAUGUUCCGAAAAUUCUAGAUCUCAAAUCGUCCUCCGAACAGAUAUUUUCCCGAAAAUUGCCGUUGGGUGCCCCUGAUACGCACUCGAUUGCGAGCACCACCACCCGCGGAGUUAGACAAUCAUAUAUCGAUCAAGGGAGCACAAUUUACGAUUUUCAAAAACAGUUUUUAUAG